AUGCCAUUUCUGCUAGUUUCCCUCAGUUACACCCGCUGCUCUGUUACUUACGCAGCAAAUAAAUGUCACAGAAAAGUUAGGGCGUAUCGCCUGUCACAAGCCCUCUGUGAACAAAUUCUUCAGGAUCUCUACGCCAAAGGCACUGGACUUCUGUGGUCCUAUUCUAAGGAAGAAUUCGACAGGAGGGUGCAAGUUCUAAUGGAACACUGGCACAGGUUGGAGUCAUCAGAGCACAAAGACCCACAGUUUGUGGAGUACUUCUGUAAAUGUAAAUUGGACGACACGAGAGACAGAAUGGCCAAGUAAGUUGUGAAGGAGCUAGGGCUGGGGGAGGAGCCAUACUGGCAGAACAUCCCAGAAGCUGUAAACCAGGCCUGUAGCAGGAAGAGGGGCAGGGGGCGCUCGAGCCCCCCUGAAAUUUUCAGACUUCAAUUAAGUUCUGCCACAAAAGUGGAAUUUUUUCUACUAAAAUGGACAACUGUCAAUGGAAGCUGAAGUUUCAAAGACUUGUUAAUCGUCAUGCCAGCAAUUAAUGCCGUUAGUGAAAGAUAGUUUUCAGCUUUAAAGCGGGUAAAAAAGUAUUUGCGCUCAACAACGGGAGACUCUAGACUGAACCACCUCAUGUUGCAUGUUCACAAGAACAGAACAGAUGCUCUGACCCUUGUAGACAUAGCUAAUGACUUUGUUGGGGAGAAAGAAAACCGAAAGCAAUUGUUUGCCAAAUUUCCGCGAACGAUAUCCCAAACAAGUUCUCUAUUUCGUCAAAGUCAACACAAACGGAAAAUUACAGACAAAAACAAAAGGUAUUGUAGACAAAUGUAGUGAUCUGAUAUGUACCAACAAGUAUCCUUUAACUGAAGGUCUGCAGUGGGGGGCGAGAGUUAAUGAGGGCCACUCGGUCAGCCCCCAAGUCAUUUUAUGCUUGCUAGGGGCCUGUGUAGACGCCAUGUUAAAGGAGUGGAAUAACUUUGUUUUGUUGUUUCUCUGUACAAUUUUGUUGAAUCAAAUACAAUGGCAACAGAGUUAGCUUGGUUUCCACUAUCAGACAAGUGGAAAGUUUCUGACGAGUUUAAACAGCACAAUAUGGUGAGAUGACAAGGGAAGAGAGGGAAAAUGCAAUGAAGCAGAUAUCUAAGCCUCGCCCGGACCCAAAUGCCUACAAGAAGAGCUGAAGCUUCAAGUUCACACAACCCUUAUCAAGUUCUUCCACCCACACACCAUCCACUGUAGUGCCAGUCCCCAGUUCAAGCAGCAUUCGUGACCUUGCACAACUGGAGGGUCUGUUUUCUAGAGAAGAAAUAUCCAGCCUCUCAGAAAAGGCUAAGCCCUUAUUCACAACAAGGGCUUGCGAGAAGCCUUUCAAACUGGCUCAUUUUUAGUUGACAGUGGUGCCUCACUUCCUUGAAAAAUACAGCUUUUGAAGAUUAGCAAGUGUUCCUGUUCUAGCAGUUUUUUCAGUUCCAACAGUACCAGUCAUCAUUGUGUCGCAGUUGCCAUCCAAACAGGAAGGGUAAAGCAGAUAGUUGCAAGUUUCCCAGGAAGGAGUUUAACUUGGCUCAGCACAUCUGCACCCAAAUCAGUUGGAGCCAAAGUGACACCUCCAAGCGUUCACGAGACGACGCAACAGUAUCACCCCAGAUUGCUUUGGACGACCACCACUUUACAUCUGAAAAAAUUGGUGACACAACUGUGGUCAAAAGAAGUGUGCCAAACCCAGUGA